GCUCUGCUUCCUGACAAAAUAAAAGUCCUCUGACAGAUAUUUGCUGUCUUGUUGUGACACUCACUCACCCACCCGCUCAAUAAUGGCAGGCAAAAAGGCAUUAGUAAUCCUCUCUAAGGGUGCAGAGGAGAUGGAAACUGUUAUACCUGUGGACGUCAUGCGUAGAGCUGGGAUUGCUGUGACGUUGGCAGGGUUGACUGGCAAAGACCCCGUGCAGUGCAGCAGAGACAUCUACCUUGUUCCUGAUUCCAGCCUGGAGGAUGCCCGCAAGCAGGGUCCAUAUGAUGUGGUUCUUCUACCAGGGGGGGCUCUCGGUGCCCAGAACUUGUCAGAGUCCCCUGCUGUAAAAGAGGUGUUGAAGGACCAGGAGGGCAGGAAAGGGCUGAUUGCUGCUGUCUGUGCAGGUCCCACGGCGCUGCUGGCACAUGGUAUUGCCUACGGCAGUACGGUCACCACCCACCCUGGUGCGAAGGACAAGAUGAUGACUGGAGGCCACUACACGUACUCAGAGGCUCGGGUCCAGAAGGAUGGCAAUCUGAUCACCAGCCGUGGGCCAGGAACCAGCUUUGAGUUUGCCCUGGCCAUUGUAGAGGAGCUCAUGGGGCCAGAGGUUGCUGCUACUGUCAAAGCACCCCUGGUUCUGAAAGACUGAGUGGUGUUGAGUGUCACAAGCUGAAGAACUGAAAGCAGCAUGAUCAACUUCACCCCACCUACUCAGCACUGUUCAUUAUGAUACACAGGCCAAUCAUUGUGAACAAAGAAUAACAGGAUGACAGGAUAAUAGUAAUAACAUGGAUUGUAUUAUUGUCUCCUUCUCUUUCCUUCACUGGGAUAUGUUGCCCAGUGAAGACUAGUAGUUUAGAAUGUAGCCACAGCAUGAAAUAAAAAAUACAUUUGUGUUUCAUCAUAACACAGAGAAAAAUAAUACAAAGGUUAUUGAUUAAUAAUCUUACAGAAUCGACAAAUAUAAAAUUGAAUUGGUAACGUUACAGUGCUGCUACUGGUAGUCUCGAUGUUUGAGGUCUACGAGUCGUAAGUCUACAGCAGUAUGUAGGUAGGUAGGCUAAACAGCAGAUUUGAGAGCUUCAAAUAAAUAUGAUUUUAAGGAUUGGUAAAAGGGAUUGCGAAAUCACUGGUGGGCGCGGGAAACCUAGCUGUUCAGUUGAUUGACAUUGAUUAUGGCCAAUGAAAAUCUUUGCAUGGUUGUGUCUUCACGUAAAUAGCCAGUGAAAACGUCAAAUAAACGGGCUUGGAUCUGAA